AUGGCAGGAGAUUCCAGAGUGCUCCCAAACGCGGACAUGGACAUUGCAGCAACUACAAGAGAGUCGAAGAAAUUACCCAAACAAGCACGGGACAACAUCUUAACAACAGACAGGACACGCCUCCUCACUGAACCCAAGAAAAUCAAGCAAAGGUAUGUUGACAAGGACGGGAAGUGCAAUGUCCACCACGGAAAUGUCCAGGAGACCUACAGAUAUUUCAGUGACCUAUUUACCACAUUGGUGGACCUCAAGUGGCGGUUUAACCUCUUAAUCUUCACAUUGGUCUUCACUAUUACCUGGCUGUUCUUCGGAUUCAUCUGGUGGCUUAUAGCUUAUAUCCGGGGAGAUCUGGACCAUUUGGGAGAUCCAACAUGGACCCCUUGUGUGGAUAAUUUGAACGGAUUUGUGUCUGCAUUUCUGUUUUCUAUUGAAACAGAAACAACUAUUGGCUAUGGUCACAGAGUUAUAACUGAGAAAUGCCCAGAAGGGAUUAUCCUGCUCUUGGUCCAGGCUAUCCUGGGAUCCAUAGUUAAUGCUUUGAUGGUUGGCUGUAUGUUUGUGAAGAUUUCCCAGCCAAAGAACCGAGCAGAGACCCUCAUGUUUUCCAAUCGUGCAGUCAUAUCUCUCCGAGACGAGAAGAUGUGUCUCAUGUUCCGUGUUGGCGAUCUUCGUAACUCGCACAUUGUGGAAGCAUCCAUUCGAGCCAAGCUCAUCAAAUCCAGGCAGACCAAAGAAGGAGAAUUCAUACCCCUCAACCAGACUGACAUCAACGUGGGCUUUGACACUGGGGAUGAUCGCCUGUUUCUGGUGUCGCCGCUGAUCAUUUCACAUGAAAUUAACGAGAAAAGUCCCUUUUGGGAGAUGACCCGAAGUCAACUGGAAAAGGAGGACUUUGAGAUCGUUGUGAUCCUUGAAGGAAUGGUGGAGGCGACAGGAAUGACGUGUCAGGCCAGAAGCUCAUACUCUGACUCGGAGGUUCUGUGGGGACAUCGAUUCAACCCAGUGUUGACUUUGGAGAAGGAUUUUUAUGAAGUGGAUUACAACAGUUUCCAUGAAACCUAUGAAACAAACACCCCAGACUGCAGCGCUAAGCAAAUGGCAGAGAUGCGGAAGGCAGGCCUGCUCCUAUCAGAACUGUCAUUCCCACACCAUCCAAGUCAGGAUGUUCAGGUGCAGGAGGAGGAAAACCCCAACAGAGAAGACUACAUCAGUACAAGCAAUCCUGCUGCCAAGACAGAAGAAUUGCUGCCUUUCUCUGCAACCGAAGACUCUGAAUAUUGUCCAGGGUUUUCCACAAGGUUUGUACAGGGACUAGAAGAAGCACAGAAACUCUAG